UCGUAACCGUUGUAGUUUACUGGGUGACGCGAUGUGUGAGUUGACUUAACCUUCUCGUGGGUGUGUGGUAUUUACUAUUUUAUAUUGUUUAUGAAUACAUAAUUUUGAAUAUUUGGAUAUAUUUAAUGAGAAUAUUAAGCCAAUAGAUAUGCUUGUAUUGUAAGAAUAAUAAUUUAAGUAUACAUAAAAAGUUGAAAGAAAUUCCAAGGAUCUUUCAGAGAUCGACGAACGCGUGUUUGAGAAUCGAGUAUUGUCUUGAAUACUUGAAGUUAAGGGUUCUCAUUUGUAGUGUUUGUGAACAGUGGUUAAAGAAAUUGUGUAGAUUAUUAUAAUUGACGUAUAAGAAAGUGAAUUUUUUUGGAUUACGUUUAUUUUAGAGGACGCCGGAUGGAGCUCCAAAACUCCGGUAAAAGAAACGAAUGAGGGAAGCAAUCAUCAGUAAGCAGACUGGCUGAAUAACGAACGAGAGAGGAUGAGCUAGCAACAUGUGGAGGAUGCAGUACCGUGGCUUGUCCAUCUGGUCAUGGAUGUGGCUGUGGUUGUGGUUUAUUGGGGCUACAUUUGGUUCUGGUGCUUUAGACGAUUACAAUGGUUUGGCAGAUGAGCCAAUCGUUGCAACGCCGAAUCCACACCCAAGCCUAUCAGAAUCGCUGUCAAAUAAUGUAGUCGACGAUUUUCGAUUUACCAAACCUCAGUACAAUGUGUCAAUUCCGGAAAACUCAAUGGGAAAGACGUAUGUUAUGCCCGAAGAGAAAAUGGGUAUUUGGUUGUCAUCAUUACAAGACAAAAAGGCUGAAAUUAAGUAUCGUAUAGUGGGUGGAGAUCGAGACAAGUUUUUCAAGGCCGAAGAACGCAGGGUCGGUGACUUUUGCUUUCUCCUUGUGCGGAUUCGCACCGGCAAUGUGGAUGUUCUCAAUCGUGAGCGUAAAGAUCAUUACAAACUUGAAGUACGGGCGACAUUAACAUGGAGAAAUGGUAGGAACAAAGCAAUUGUCCAGGAGGCGGAAACGAUGGUGAUAGUUACUGUACUCGAUACGAAUGACCUUAACCCGCUGUUUGUUCCGAAUGAAUAUACGGAGACUGUAACAGAGGAUACGCCGUUACACAGAAGCAUCCUUAAAGUAGUAGCUGAGGAUGCCGACUUGGGUAGAAAUGGUGAGAUAUAUUACAGCUUCGCUGAAGAGACUGAGCAAUUUGCAGUGCAUCCGGUCAGCGGGGUCAUCACGCUCAACAGGCCACUCAGGUACGUGGAACGCGCCAUCCACGAGCUAGUAGUUCUGGCUGAGAAUCGAGGUGCCCUCUUCCGUGGGGUCGGCACGAGUCGUGCAAGCACGGCCCGGGUCACUAUCAGGGUCCAACAGGUAAACUUGUACGCGCCUGAGAUAUAUGUGAAUCAUCUUCCGGACAUCGUAGAAAAUUCGAACGCGGAUGUAUACGCGAUUGUACGAGUUGUAGACCGUGACGAAGGGGUCCAUGGUGAAAUAGCAAGUUUAGAUAUCGUAGGAGGUGAUCCGGACGGCCACUUCAGAAUAAGACCAACCCAGAAAACUGGUGAAUAUACUAUCGAAAUUCUCCACCUUCUAGAUCGUGAACGAAGCAAUCAUGGAUACAAUCUCACACUUCGGGCAAUUGAUAAAGGAACACCGCAACGAUUUAGCCACAAAAUAGUUCCAGUCCAUUUAGUUGACACAAACGACAAUGCACCAGUCUUUAGUCGUGAAGUAUAUCAAGUUGAUGUGCCAGAAACAGCGCCUGUCAACACGCCAGUUAUAAAAUUAAAAGUGACAGAUGCUGAUGAGGGUAAAAAUGCUCUUGUGUCUUUAGAAAUAGUUGGGGGCAACGAAGGUGGUGAAUUUUAUGUUAAUGCCAAUACUGGCAUGUUGUAUACAGCUGUACCACUUGAUGCAGAAAGUAAAACAUUAUAUACUUUAACAGUAUCAGCGGUAGAUCAGGGUAAUACAGGCACGAGAAAGCAAUCCUCUGCUAAAGUCAAAAUUAACGUAAUGGAUGCAAACGAUAAUGAUCCCACUUUCGAACAACCGGAGAUGCUGGUUGAAGUGGAUGAGAAUAAGCCUGCUGGAACGAGUGUAAUUAAACUAACUGCUAAGGACAGUGAUUCCGGUGAAAAUGCUUACAUAUCUUACUCCAUUGACAAUAUUGAAGAUAUACCGUUCGAGAUAGAUCCAUUUACUGGACUUGUGAAAACUAAACAACUGUUAGACUAUGAAACAAUGAAGAGAGAAUAUUUAUUGAUAGUGCGUGCUAGUGACUGGGGACUUCCCUAUCGUCGUCAGACAGAAAUGCAUUUAAGAGUUAAGGUGCGUGAUGUCAAUGACAAUAGACCACAAUUUGAGAAAAUCAAUUGUAUAGUUCGUGUACCUCGAUACAUUCCAAUAGGCUCAGAAAUAUUGACAGUAUCAGCGAUCGAUUUAGAUCCAGGCAACAUGAUAAAUUAUCGAAUAGAAUCGACGAAUGAGGAUGCAUGUUUUUCACUUGAUUCCAUUACUGGUGUGCUUUCUAUUGUGUGUGAUCUCACGGAUGUUAGUGUAUCAGAAAUGCAUGUCAAUGUAACUGCAACUGACGGAACACACUUUGCGGAUAUCAAUGUUAUUCACGUGCAACUGGUGAACGCAAAGAGGAACUCGGGCUCUCAAGGGAAGAUACUUGACAAUGAAACUGGGGCUUUUAACUGUCAUGAUACCGGUGUCGCGCGACGACUCACUGAUGCUAUCGAAUUAGCUGAAAGAAACAACCAACGUACUAACAACGAUCGACAUAUAUUGAUGCCCAGACGAUAUGGCAGUAAUGUUCAUACACCAGAAUUUGUUGAUUUUCCUAACGAAAUAAAAGUCAACGAGUCCAUAACAAUUGGUACAACGCUUGUUAAAAUACGUGCUCAAGAUCGAGAUUUGGAUUACAAUGGUAAACUGGUGUUUGGCAUUAGUGGUGGUGAUCGUGAUUCGGUAUUUCAAAUAGGUCAAGAAAAUGGUGAUUUAAAUGUCGUUGGCUAUCUAGAUCGUGAAAGAGAAAGUAACUAUUUUCUUAAUAUUACUGUAUAUGAUUUAGGAAAGCCACAAAAGUCAACUUCCAAAAUGCUACCAAUUACAGUAUUGGAUGUUAAUGAUAAUGCACCCAAGUUUGAAAAGCCAUUAGCAAGUUUCAAAAUAUCUGAAAAUGCUCGAAAUGGCACUGAUGUAUUUCGUGCUUAUGCUACUGAUGUUGAUCUUGGUGAGAAUGCUCGAAUUACGUAUUCAUUAGUGACGGAAACUAAAGAUUUUAUAGUGGAUCCAGUGACUGGUGUGCUAAGUGUUUUUGGCAAGUUAGACCGUGAAAAGCAAGAGGUUUAUGAACUUAAAAUUCGUGCUAGUGAUAAUGGCGGUCAUGGCACUGAAAUCCCACCGCUUUAUUCUGAUGCUUUAGUGCGCGUUACGGUUGAUGAUAUUAACGAUAAUCCACCAUCAUUUCCUCUGCCAAGUUAUUCGGUCAAAGUACGAGAAGAUGUUCCUCUCUGGUGUGUCGUAGCUAUUCUAGAAGCCAACGACCCCGAUGAAGGUUCUGGUGGUGAAAUUGAGUAUUUUUUUUCUGACGCAAUGGACAGUGAAGGCUUCUUUAAAGUAGACCAGAUAUCUGGUACUGUAAGAACUGCUAAGAAUCUUGAUUUCGAGCAACGUCAAGUACAUACAUUGACAAUUGUUGCUAAAGAUCGUGGUGAGCCAUCUUUAUCAUCUGAAACAAUGCUUAUAAUUGAAGUUGUUGAUGUGAAUGAAAAUCUUCAUGCUCCAGUUUUUGGUGAUUAUAUUUUAUCCGCAAGUGUAUCUGAAAAUCAACCAGUUGGAACUUUGGUAACUACUGUGCAUGCAAGAGAUGCAGAUCCAUCAGAGCAAGAUUCAAAAGUUAGCUACAGUAUACGGGGAGGUGAUGGUAUGGGAUUCUUUACUAUAGAUGAUGAAGGAAACGUGCGAACAAAAGCAGUUCUGGAUGUUGAAUCUAAAAAUGGAUAUUGGUUGACUGUAUAUGCACAAGAUCACGGUGUCGUACCACUGAGUUCACAGCUGCAGUUAUAUGUACAAAUUUUGGAUGAGAAUGACAAUACACCAUUGACAGAGUUACCAGUUUACUACCCAUCCAUCAUGGAAAAUUCGCCAGCUGGAGUUAGUGUACUACAAAUCAAAGCAUUUGAUAGCGAUGUUUCUCCUCAGGAACUCACCUUCACCAUCACUAGUGGCAAUCCUGAAGGAUACUUUCUCAUUAAUACAACGACAGGUCUGAUCACUACCAGUGGAAGAAAGCUAGAUCGAGAAAAUCAAGCUGAACAUAUCUUAGAGGUAACUGUGAGGGACAAUGGAAUACCACCUCUGUCAUCAACGACUCGUGUAAUAGUCAAAGUUGAGGACAUCAACGAUCAUGGUCCUGAGUUUGAACAAAAGUUUUAUACUGUUCGUAUUCCAGCCUCUCCAGACAUCGAUAAGCCACUCUUCCAGAAAUCGAGGAACCGCUCUCGGGCAUACGACCUUUCGAGAGAUAGCGAUACGCUGCUCGAGAAUGGAACAUGGGAGACAUAUAGCCCCGACACCUUGUCAGGAGAUCGUGUUUUCAGGGUACUUGCUUAUGACAAAGAUGAGGGUGAGAAUGGAAGAAUUCAGUAUAGCAUCAAAGGUGGACGUGGAAAAGGCAAGUUUCGUAUUCAUCCAACGACAGGAAUGGUCUAUUCUCAAAAAGGUUUUGAAGUUUCUCAAGAGUACGAGAUGAUGAUUCGAGCGUCCGACAAUGGUGAACCACAAAGAAGUCAUCAAACUCGGGUGUCAGUACAAGUGGUAGAGACUCCAAAAAAUUCCAAGUAUCCACCUGUUUUCAAGACAAACAAUCAGACUGCGGCUGUAACUGAAAGCGAUCACGUUGGAUUCCUUGUAGCUCUUGUUCAAGCUACAGACAAAGAUGGAGAUACAUUGUGGUAUGAUAUUGUAGACGGCGACAAGCAUGAUGAGUUUUUCAUUGGUCGAGAUAAUGGAAACGUGCUUCUGGCGAAGAAACUAGAUUGGGAGACGCAAAACUUUUACAAUAUUACUAUCGCCGUCACUGAUGGCGUUUACACAACAACGACACAACUAUUGGUCACUGUGAUUGAUAUCAAUGAUCAUCGGCCUGAGUUUUCAGAGAAUAUAUACAGAGUAGCAAUAUCGGAAAACGUUGACAAGGGUGAGACAGUUUUACAGCUUCAUGCAAGCGAUAAAGACGAAGACAAGAAGGUAUUUUAUAGUCUCCAUGCCGCACAAAGUCAACAAUCGUUGGAGAUAUUCCAUGUAGACUCAAUAACUGGCACAAUUACGUUGAACGAUUACUUGGAUCGUGAAGCAAUCGAGGAGCAUGUACUUACUGUUAUGGUUCGAGAUCAGGGAACUCCAGCCAAAAGAAAUUACGCAAGAGUAAUUGUAACAGUUUAUGACCAUAAUGAUCACGUUCCUGAAUUUACAAACGAAAUGAUUCACGGAAAAGUUUUUGAAACCUCACCAAUUGGUGCGGCUGUUGUAGAAGUGACUGCAAUUGAUCGUGAUAGGGGUGACAAUGCUCGAAUAACGUAUUCCAUUACCUCAGGGAAUGUUGGUAAUGUUUUUACAAUUGAUCCUGACCUCGGAGUCAUACGGAUUGCAAGAGAACUCGAUCUCAGUGUAAUUUCCGAAUACAUUCUUCUUGUAAAGGCUACAGAUCAUGGAUCUCCACCACUAACAAAUACAGUUCCUGUUGAUGUGUUGGUUACUAUGGCAGAUAAUGCACCUCCACGAUUUUCACAACGAGAGCUUGCUGCUGAAAUCUAUGAGAACCAACAAAUUGGAACAUAUGUGAAGCAUGUCGAGGCCAGGAGCACAUCGUCAUUGCAAUUUGAAUUGACCCGAGGCAAUAAAGGAGAUAUGUUCUUUAUCAAUCCGAGUACAGGAGUAAUCACAACAAAGAAUCGAUUAGAUUAUGAAAAAAAUAAAUUUUACAAUCUUACUGUAACUGCUACAAAUAUGGCGGGUGCUUCUGCUAUGUGUAGUGUCAUAGUUCACGUAUUAGAUAAAAAUGAUAAUCCUCCAAAGUUUUUACAGGCAAUUUAUAAUGGAGAAAUAAGUGAAGGUGCAAGUAUUGGCUCCCUAGUAUUAACGAACUCAAGUUCUCCUCUAGUUAUUAAAGCUGAAGACGCUGACUCAGAGUUAAAUGCUUUAUUAAGUUACGACAUCGUUGAAGACUUACCUAGAAAAUUCUUCCACAUUGACUCAAGUACUGGUGCUAUAAGAACGGUUAUGGAACUCGAUCAUGAAACAAUACCUAAUUUUGAAUUUCACGUUAAAGUUUCAGAUCUUGGAAAACCUAAACUGUCGUCAGAAACUACUGCCAAAGUCAUAAUUUCUAUUAUAGAUAUUAAUGAUUGUCCACCCAAGUUUCUGAAAAACCACUACAAUGCUACACUUCUUUUACCUACCUAUAAAAAUAUUAUGAUUGUGAAAGUUGAAGCCAUUGAUCCGGAUAACCCAAAGGGAAUGCCGCUAAGAUAUAAUAUAAUUGAUGGAAAUAAAAAUGACACAUUUGACAUAGAUUCACAAACAGGAAUGAUUACAGUACGUAAUACAGAGUAUAUAUGGAAAUCGUAUCUCCUUGAUGUUCGUGUAUCCGAUGGGAAAUACUCAAGCGUGACUCAAGUCGACGUCAAGGUCGAGGAAUCAGAGAACUCUGGUCUUGUGUUUCAAAAGAGCAUUUACGAAGGCACGAUAAUGGAGAACUCGACAAAAAUAAUGACGGUGGCGGUAGUGAAUGUUCUCGGAAGUGCAUUGAAUGAGCAUAUCAUCUUCAGUAUUCUAAGUCCAACUGAUAUGUUUGAAAUAGGACCAACUUCGGGUGCUAUAAGAACAACUGGAAAACGAUUUGACAGAGAAAUGAAGAGUCAUUAUGAACUUAUUAUUGAAGCUAAAAGUCAUCCUCCAGAUCGUGAAAAACCAAGAGUAGCUCAUGUUAUCGUCAAUGUAACGAUUCUUGACAUCAAUGACAAUUGCCCAAUGUUUGUCAAUCUCCCGUACUAUGCUGUCGUUUCAGUGGAUGCUCAAAAAGGCAGUGUCAUCACAAAGGUUCACGCAGUCGAUAUGGAUAGUGGCGAUAACGGAGAAGUGCGGUACGAAUUGAAGAAAGGGCACGGUGAACUCUUCAGAGUUUCACGAAAAACAGGAGAAAUUUCUCUUAAACAGAAUCUGGAAGGCCACAAUCGUGAAUAUCAGCUAACUAUAGGUGCCUAUGAUGGCGGUCUAACACCAUGUUCUAUCGAAGUUCCAGUCAAUGUCAAAGUGAUUGACCGUUCCAUGCCAUCGUUUGAUAUGCAGUUUUAUACAGCAGAAGUAUUUGAAAACAUCGAGGUUGAUUCUCCUCUGUCACUUUCUAUUCAAGCCAAAUCAGAUUUAGAUCGAAAGCUUAUCUACAGCAUCACCAAAGGCAAUGACUUUGAGGAAUUUGCCCUCAACUUUAAUACGGCCCCUGACAAUAACAAUGGCCCCUGUGCAGUUUAUGUGGUGGAUGAACUGGAUUAUGAGCAGAAAAAACAGUAUGAACUUACUGUGCGAGCAACUGAUAGUGUGUCAGGAGUUUAUGCCGAAGUUCUCGUCAGCAUUCUUGUUAAAGACGUGAAUGAUUGUCCGCCAGAGUUCGAUCAAGAUUCUUACAACAUAUCUGUUUCGGAAGCUGCACCGUUUGGAACUUCAAUAUUGAAAGUUACAACAAGGGAUAAUGAUACUGAAAUAAAUCAAGAAGUUAUAUAUACUAUUCAAAACGAUACUGAGAAUAGUCACGAUCUCUUUCAUAUUGAUCCAGAUGAAGGAAUCAUAUUUCUAAAGAGAUCUCUUGAUCAUGAAAGUCAUGAUUCUCAUCACUUCACUGUAAUUGCAACGGACAAAGGUAUUCCACCGUUGUCAAGCACGGCUCAUGUUUGGGUUACGGUUAUUGACAUGAAUGAUAAUCCACCGAAAUUUGAACAACCAUCAUACACAUGUUCUCUCUCUGAGGAUGCGGAGCGUGGUCAAUUUGUAACAGUUGUGACAGCAAGUGAUCCCGAUUAUGUGGAUGAAAAACUCACAUACACAAUUGUUGGUGGUAACGAUCAACAGACUUAUAGUAUUGAUCAAUCAACAGGAAUUAUAAGCCUUAUAAAUAUGCAAAAUUUUGGUGAGCAGAAGCUUACAAUGUUAAACGUCUCUGUGACUGAUGGGGUUUAUACAAGCUUUACAAGAGUAAAAAUUGAAAUUUUACCAGCCAAUAACCACGAUCCGAAGUUUCCAAAUCCUUUAAUUGAAGUCACCGUAAUGGAAAAUCAAUUACCAGGAAGAUUAGUAACAACAGUUUUGGCAGAAGAUCGAGAUUUUGGUGAAUACGGAAAUAUUGUUUAUUCUAUUCCAUCAGCUUUAAUGCGUGAUAUCUUCGAUAUAAACCGCUCCUCAGGAGAAAUAACAACCCGUAAAAAAUUAGAUAGAGAAUCACAAAAAUUCUACGAAAUUUCUGUGAUGGCAACAGACGAUGGUGGAAGAUCAGGAUUUGUAACUGUACGUGUUAAAGUUGGCAAUGAGAAUGAUAACCCACCAGCUUUCUACUUUCAAGAAUAUAAAAUAUCAGUUUACAGUAAUAUAUCAACAAACAUUCCAUUUACGUGGGUGAAAGCAUAUGAUCUAGACAAUGAAGAAGGUGCAAAGUUAGAAUAUUCCAUUUUAGAACCACCAAACUCUGAAAUAAAAAAUCUUUUCGGUAUAAAUCCGGAGACUGGAGCUGUAUUUAUGCUAAAAAAUGCAGGUCCUUUAGAGAAUCAAUUAUUUGAAUUUUUUAUUCGAGUUUCUGACAAAGGAAUAAAUUCUCAUCAUACUGACGUACCUUUUACGGUAUACUUUAUGAGCCAAAAAGAUAUUCCACCGGUGUUUGAAAGUAAAGAAGAUAAAUUCUUCAUCUCAGAAGCCUCCACUGUAGGUACACCAAUAACAAGAUUGAAAGCAUUCUAUAACGGUACAGUGAAUUAUCGAAUAAUAUCUGCGGGUGACGAUGCAAAAUUAUUCGUAAUCAAUAAACAAGGUCAGAUAAGCUUAGCUAACAGCUUAGAUAGAGAGUUGAAAGAUCAUCACGUAAUUGGCGUUUUAGCUGAAACUGACUCGACACCUCCAUUAACAGCCUUUGCUGAAAUAUCUCUUCAAGUUUUGGACGAGAAUGACCAUGAUCCUAAGUUCGAAAGCCUUCCGUACGUGAUUAGUCUUGCAGAAAACAUAGAGGAAGGUACGUCAAUCCUCAAAGUCAUCGCUCAUGAUGAAGAUCUCAGUAGUAAUGGUGAAGUGAGAUAUUCGUUUGGUUCUGACAUUGGAGAAUUAGCUAAUGUGUUUACUGUUGACGCUUAUACAGGAUGGAUAUCAACAUUGGUGCCUUUAGAUAAAGAAAAACAGCCAGAAUUUAAAUUUCAAAUUGUUGCUACUGAUAACGGAAAUCCUAAACACUUUGCACGAACAUCAGUUCAUGUCAAACUCAAAGAUUAUAACGAUAAUUCUCCAGUUUUUACCAACGAUGAAUACGUUGCAGCUGUCAAAGAAGAUGCUCUUCCAGGUACUGUCGUUGUAAAAUUAGUUUCCAUAGAUAAAGAUAUUGAUUUACAUACUCCUGUAGAGUAUUACAUCACUGGUGGUGAUCUAAGAUCACAGUUUCAAGUUAGAUCUACUGGAGAAGUUUAUGUUGCAAAAGCACUGGAUAGAGAAACUGUUGAUAGAUAUGAACUGAAUGUAAUAGGAACCGAUGGAAAGUUCGUUUUUGAAACGAAAGUUACGGUACAAAUCUUAGAUGUUAAUGAUAAUCCUCCUUAUUGCUUGAGAUAUCGAUAUAGAGAAGUUUUAUCAGAAGGCUCACACCCAGGCACGACUAUUCUAACUGUUCUAGCAACCGAUUAUGACAACGACGCCAACGCUAAGCUACGAUUUUAUUUAACUGACGAUAUGAAUGGUAAUAAUAACGAUAAAUUCUCUUUAGAUCAAAAUACCGGAGUCUUAAAAAUUAUGGGACAGCUCGAUCGAGAAACACAAUCGAAAUAUUCUCUGACAGCUCACGUUCAAGACAUUGACAAAGCAUAUUGGGAGUGUUCCUCACAGUUAGAAAUCAUUGUAUCAGACAUAAAUGACAAUGCACCUAGAUUUACUAUGAUGACAUAUAAUACAGCACUUCCAGAAGACGUGAAAGUGGGAACACUUGUCACUAAAGUUCAUGCAACUGAUAAUGAUAUUGGAAUCAAUCGAAAAGUACGUUAUGAAUUUAUUGAUUCAGCUGAUGGACAUUUUUUGAUUACCGCAGAUAGUGGAAUAGUAACAUUAGCAAAACCUUUAGAUAGAGAAACCAAAGAAGUAUACAAUCUUACAGUAAAAGCACUUGAUCAAGGCGUUCCUCAGCUCUAUAGUACCGCUAAAUUAAUCGUAAACGUUCAAGAUAUCAACGAUAAUCCUCCAGAAUUCACUUCCAAGUCAUACUUCGCAAGUGUUCCUGAGAUAGAUCAAGUGGGAACGGAAAUAGUAAGAGUACUCGCAGAAUCUAAAGACACCGGAAUCAAUGCCAUUGUUUAUUAUUCAAUUGUAGGUGGUAAUGAACAUAAAAAAUUCCAAAUUGACAAUAAUACUGGAAUAAUUUCCAUUGCAGAACAGCUAGAUUACGAGCGAGCGCGUGAUUAUGUUUUAACGAUCCAAGCUGUUGAUGCUGGAAUACCGCCGUUACGUAAUUAUGCUUCAGUAAAUAUCACUGUAACAGACUGUAAUGACAAUGCUCCGAUGUUUAAUCAACUAUCUUAUCGAGCAACAAUACGGGAAGAUGCUAAAAAUGGAGAUUAUGUGGCCCAAGUAUUUGCAAAUGAUCUAGAUAGUAACGAAAGCGGUACAAUUUCAUACUUCAUUGAACGAGGAGACCGGUUAAAACAGUUUCAAAUUGAUGAGAAGACGGGAUUAAUUACUGUAGCAGCGCCUUUAGACCGAGAAACGACAGCUAAUUACGUUCUAGAAGUCCAUGCACGUGAUGGAGGUCAACCUGUGUUAGAAAAUUUUGUUGUUGUCUAUGUAGAAGUUCUGGAUGCUAAUGACAAUCCACCUAUAUUCUCACAGUCUAACUACUCAGCAGUGAUUCAAGAAGAUAAGAAGCUCGGCCAUGUCGUCCUUAAAUUUAUUGUAACUGAUAACGAUAUUGCACCAAACGCUGAGCCUUACACGUUUGAUUUCCGCUCGGGAAAUGAUGGAGAUGCCUUUAGAUUGGAACAGGAUGGCACUCUAAGAACAGCAAUGAAAUUUAAUAGCAGGGUAAAAGAUCAUUAUUUAUUACAUAUUCGAGUAUUUGACAAUGGAAGUCAACCGCUCUUUUCUGAUGCUUGGGUUUCUAUCAAAAUUAUUGAAGAAUCUCAAUAUCCUCCUGUAAUAACGCCUUUAGAGGUGGUUAUUAAUUCAUACAUGGAUGAAUACCCAGGCGGACUAAUUGGAAAAGUUCACGCAAGUGAUAGAGAUCAAUAUGAUACACUUCAUUUUAGUCUCGUUCCAUCACUUCCAAUACCUAACACCGAUUUAUUUGAAAUAGAUCGCGAUAACGGCACUCUUAUUGCACUACCUAAAUUAGACGUUGGAGAAUACAGAUUAAAUGUUAGUGUAACAGAUGGAAAAUUCAAUUCUUAUGCUAUUAUUAAAAUUAGCGUAGAAUUAAUCACAGAGAAAAUGCUGGAAAAUACUGUUAUCGUGAGAUUCCGUGAGGUCAGUCCGGAAGAUUUUAUUCUGAGCCAUAGAAAAGGAUUUAUCAGAACAAUACGUAAUGCUAUGAAUUGUCGAUUAAAGGAUAUUGUAAUCAUUAGUGUACAACCAUCGGCAGAUGACUUGAACGUGAUUAAGUCUCGAGUAACUCGACAAGCCAUUCAUAAUGAUCUCGACCUACUCUUCGCAGUACGUAAGUCUAAUCCACUCUUUGGUACUCCAGGAUUCUACUCAUCAGAAAGUAUUCGUGAGGCUCUCAAUCAACAUAUUGAAGAACUUGAGGAAUCUACUAAGCUUGUAGUGGAAGAAAUUGUUCGAUUAAAGUGCAAUAAAGGUCAUUGUAUCUAUGGAGAUUGUUUAGAUAGGAUAAUUUUAGAUCAAAAUAAAAUUACAGCUGUCGCAACAGACGUCAUGAGUUUCGUUUCUGCUAAAUAUAAACAUCAAAUUGAAUGCUCUUGUAAAGAAGGAUAUGCUGGCAAUCAUUGUGAGAAUGUCGUGAAUGAAUGUGCAAGAGAUCCUUGUCCAUCAUUUAAAGUCUGCAUUCCUGAUUCUUCAGUUCAAGGAUAUUCUUGUCAAUGUCCUGAACAGUUUGCUGGACCUUUGUGUGACAUUGACAUUUCCAAAUGUCAUGAUGAGUCAUGUUAUGUACCUAGAAAUCCGAUAUCUUUCGGAGGAAAGAGUUAUGCUUGUUAUAAAAUAGACAAUGCACAAAUAAGACAAACAAUCGAAGAUCGUUUAAGUCUUUCUCUGAGGAUUAGAACUGUCCAACCAACUGGAAAUCUUAUGUAUGCUGCAGGAAAAGUUGAUUAUAAUAUAUUGGAGAUCGUGAAUGGUGCAGCGCAAUAUAAAUUUGAUUUAGGAAGUGGAGAAGGACUGGUAAGAGUUAGUAGUGUGUAUGUAAGCGAUGGUCAAUGGCACGAAAUUCAACUUGAGCGAGAGAGUAACAAUGCAAGAUUGAUUGUCGACGGUAAACAUAUUGCUCAUGGUUCAGCGCCUGGAAUAAACGACAUCUUAAAUCUACAAUCCGAUGAUCUUUACCUUGGUGCUGAAGUACGUCAACAUCCCUCGAUACUAGGCUUUGAAGAUGUUCAAAGAGGAUUUGUUGGUUGUAUGGAUGACGUUAGAAUCGCGAAAGUUUCCGUUCCUUUACACAUGAGUGGUGCCAGUAAUGUUGUUAUACUGAAGCGCUUUGCUAAUGUAGAAUUCAGUUGUGAUACAGCAACAAUUCUCUCUCCACCUGGAGUAUGUGGCUCUCAACCUUGUCAAAACGGUGGAACAUGCAAAGAAAUCAAUUCAGAUACAUAUGAGUGUCAUUGUCAUGGACGAUUUAAAGGAAUGGUAUGUGAUAUUGAUACUGAUCCAUGUGCUUCAUCACCUUGCCUUUAUGGAGGUCGUUGUAAAGUUCUUCCCGAAGGUGGAGAUUAUUUCUGCGAAUGCGUUGAUCCAAAUUUAACUGGGAAACGUUGUGAAUUUGGAAGAUAUUGUAGUCCAAAUCCUUGUAUUCAUAAUACUUGUGAAGAAGGUAAUAACGGACCGAUUUGCAAGUGUCAAGGAUUUACUGGAGAUCGAUGUGAAACGGAUAUAAAUGAAUGCGAAUCAAACCCUUGCUUCCAUGGUGGAACUUGUGUUAAUGAAGUUGGAUCCUAUAAAUGUAUCUGCCCACCAAAUACGACAGGAAUUAACUGUAUUACUCCGAUUUAUUCAACUCCAAUAAUCUCUGAACACUUCAACAUCACUUGGGAGCAGCUUAUGUGGAUUGGAGUCGCUUUACUUGUUAAUCUCUUUCUCAUUAUAAUUUUUGUUACAUACAAAAAAAUCAGGAAUAAGCGCACAAGAGCUUGUACUAAUAAUAUCAACAAUGAAACAAGAAAACAGAUUGUACUCAAUUCUGCUAGAUCAAAUGAUCAUGAAUUUAAACGCAGUUCAAAACUGAGUAACUUGGAAGUUAUACAGAGAGAACCUCCCCAAUGUCCUCCCAGACCCGCUUCCUAUACCCCAAGUUCGAAUAACGAACCAACAUACGGUACUUCAGCAGCUGUGGCGUUAAACAAUCUUGAUACCCUUCGCAGUUACGGAAGCGCCGGUGAUGAACUCGAAAACUUUCCUCCUGAUUAUUUGAGGAACCUGAACCGCAGUACUCCUGUACCCAAUCCAACCCUUUCUCUUGCUAAUCCUGUGUGUGGAAAUACUACUGGAAGUGAUACGGAUAGCCUGCAUAAAUCAACUUGGCAAGAACAGAUGCAUCUUGCUUCAUUCAUCAGUGAUAAUGCUAAAAUUAAAAAUGACCUGAAACGAGCGAGCCCAGUGGUACCAGAGCUGACCACUGGAGGACUUCUACUAAAUUCAACACGCCGGAUACCUCACGGAGGUGGAAUCUCCAUCGCCUCUUUUACACCUGCAGAAGAUGAUCCACGCAUCGUUGGUGGGUAUCACUGGGACUGCUCAGAUUGGGUCAGGCCAAGUCAGAACCCUCUUCCUAAUAUCACGGAAGUACCUGGUAGCGAAGUUCCGGAUUCGUCGAGCUUCCACAGUAACGAGAGUAACGAAUCAAAUACCCACCAGCUACCGUCCAUGCACGGAGUCAUAGACCCAUCAAGAGAUAUUUCCACUCUUAAUGAGGAUCAAGAAUCUGAGUACAUUGGUGAUUCUGAGUGUGGUACAGAAUUUUCUGAAAAUUAUAACUGUGCAGAAACACAACGAUUAAAUCCUCUAGACAGCGGAGGCGAAGGAGAAUAUAAGUAUAAAGACUCAGAGAGCUACCUCAGGCAUCCGAAUUCAUAUUUGCCUCACUACAAUAUUCAUACAGACACAGAAAAUGAGACAAAUCCGCUCAAUGGCCGCCUUAGCACUUUGGAAUCCGAUGAGGAAGAAGACGAUGUAGUGCCUUACGGUUUUCCGAGCAUUCGACGUAAUAGAUGCAAAGGUGAUGAUGCUGAUGAGAUUGGUUCUGUUAUCACUACUUUAGAGGAAAGAAAUUCCCUCCUUGGAGGUGGUACAAGUAACAGUGAUUUAUCUACCAAUCUCUGUGAAAUCGAUGAUUCGGAAUACGAAGUGAAUGAUCAAAAGAACAACGGACGUCUUUGGCUUUCAGGUAAUGGAAUCACACAAACUUCUGUGUGACAUAUACAAGACUUUAUUCAAAUCUCACAGCAAACGUUCGUGAUGUUUGUGCUUUUUAUUAAACGGCAGCUGUCGUCAAUUCACCAUUUUGUACAUAUAAAUUUUAACAAAUUAUCAACAUUAUUAUUACUACCGAUUGAUUACUAAUUGAAAAACCAUUAAAAUUAUUAAGGCAGCUACAUAACAAGAGACUGACUUCUAAGACAUUCGCGCGACUGUCACUAGUAAAAAUUUUUUUCGAAAAAAUUAAAAAAUAUAAAUGAAAAUCUCCUUUGAUAUAAAAAAAAAAUUCAAUCAAUAUUAAUAAGUACUUAAUUUGCUGUAAUAUCAAUUUUUUACUUGAAUAUUUGAAUUGAUUGCAAUAAUAGAAAUCAUAGUGAUUUAUAUAGUCAAAAUAAGAUUGGAGAUUUUCGGCAGAAAUUCUUUUUAAAUGAUAUUGUAAAUUAUCGCUAUAAUUUCAUGAAGUAACGAUAAUGUUAGACCAAUGACUAUUAUUUAGUAUUUCGUAAGUAAAAUUAAUGAUUCGCAAAAAAUAAACGUAAUACAAUAUAUUCCAAUGAGAGAGAAAGAAAAGAUGAGUAUAAAAUGAGUACUAUUUUCUUUUGUAUUUUUUCAACCGAUAAUUUUACUUUAGUUAAGAAAUCGACAUAUAAUGUAUAAAUGAAAUGAUCAACUACUUAAACGUAUGAGUGUUAAUAUUAAUUUAUAAAUUAAUGAAAAUAGUGACGAAAACGUUAAAUGCCAUAAGAUAAAUAUGGCAGGUAUCCCAGGUAUUGGGUUGAAGCAGUAAAUAUAGAAAUUAGUGAUGCCCAAUCUGUACAAGAAUACAAUAUAAUAGUUGAAGAAUAUGAAAUAUUUUUACUGUGAUGAUAAUAAUGUUUGUACGAUAAUUGAAAUUAUCUAUGUAUCAUAUUAGUAAUUAAAAAUGUUGAAUGAACGACAUUUUAUGUAAUAAGGAAUAAUUGAUAAGUAUAAAUUAAACAAAAAAAAAAAGAAAAAACAAAAAAUAAUGAAAAUACCACACAAUGUGGUUCUUCCUGUAUAUAUAAAUAUAAGUAACAUAAUAACGACAAUGUAAUUCAUUUUCUUCCAUUCAGAUUUUUUAACUGCCAGUCAUGUAUUUCUCUUUAAAACUGACGACAUUUAUCGUCAUUUUCCAACGACGUACUUUUCCAUAAGACUGCUUCAUAUUGCGAAUUAUCUAUUAAACAUUUACACUUUAAUCGUGUACGUCGUAUAUCAUUAAUUUAAAGAACUUGUAAACAAAUCUGAAUAAAUUCAUUUCAGUUAAUUUUCUUUUAUUGAAAUAAAAAAUAAAACACAACUCAUUAUAAAUUUUUCGAAUAUUUUUUUUCAUUUAUAAUCAACAAAGAUAAAUAUAAGUUCAAUACAUUUAUUAUUGAAAUAAGCUAAAAAUAACUUUUUGUGCAGAAAUGAGUGAGAUAAUUAAGAAGAGUAAAAUUUCUGAGGCAAGUUACUCAAUAUUGUUGAAGAGUUUUUUCAACUAACCUAAUUUUUACUUUACAAUAUACGAUAUGAAAAAAAAAAUUAAUUGCGUUUUACUGCCAACUAAUUACAAAAGCCAUACAUGACAAUUAUUUUCUGGAUUAUUUUCAAUAAUAUAAUGGAGAUGAAAAAAUGAUAACUCAUAAUUACACAAUAUCGGUUAUAUUUUUUUUAAUUAAUUGAACUUAUCUAUAAAUAAUUAUUGUUAUAUAAUAAUCAUUAACUGAUUCAUUGAUUACACUGUAAUGGCAGCUUUAAAGGAUCAUUUACAUCCUAUCUCAUUCAACAGACUUGAAAUGACUAUUUAUAUUUUCAUUAUAACAGCAAUUCUUUGUACACUUAUCAUCUAGAUUAUGAAGAGGAUGUAAUAUGAUCACAAAUGGUAUUAAUUUUUUCUAUCAUUAAGCAGGGUGAAUCUUUUUACUAUCAAUAUGGAAUGAAGUAUGUUUAAUGAUAGUAUAGUGAAUGAAAAUGUGGCCAUGCUUCUGAUAUUGAAUUUUUCAUAGGAAGCUACUAGCAUGAAUAAAUGUUUUCUACAUUUGUUCGACAGUAAAAUAAUAACUAUGUGUAAUUUAUUUAGUUAAUUGUAUUAAUUUAAACAUUUAUUUAUGGCAAAAAGUCUUGAAAAAUGUGUUAUUUAUUGGUAUAUUAUCAAUUGAUUUUUUUUUCAUAAAAAAUUAAUUUAAAUUGUUUUGCUAAAUAAUCAUAUGAAUGAUGCUGAAUCAAAGGUAUAUAGGAAAAAUGUUUUUAUAAACUGAGCUUGUUACAUUUCAUCAUUAUAUAAUUAUAAAAUGAUUAAAGUAUUACAGUAAAGUGGCAAAAUGGGUACAAUUUGAAAUAAUUUCUGCUAAUUGUUUUGAAUAGACUCAGAAAUAGAAAACAUAUCGACUCAAAAAAUGGAAAAAUUCAUAAAACAUUUUUGAAGAAUGCAAUGAAUCAUCUUAAGGCUCUAAAUUUAUUUGUAUAAGAUCAAUUUAUUGUAAUAAACAAACAACCUUGCCUAUA